GUAAUCAUUCGAGUCAUCUCUGAAAUAUGCCAGUGCUUUGAAAGGCAAGUACAAUUGAAAGCAUCUCUCCUGUGUGCUUUGGUCAAUUUGCAACACACACACGCACACGCAUUGGAGCACACGCACAGUUGUCCAUCCCAGUAGGAUGCUACAGUAGGGGCUACGUACGUACGUGUAUGCGCAGAGGCAAGAGGCGAUUUGAGCGCGCCUAGGAAACAACGGUCAAUUCUGUGUUGCAUAACGUAAGGUUAAUCCCGCAUCACGCUCUAAAGCAUGUCGCAGAGACCAUUCGGUUUAGAGAAGGAAAGAAGAAAAAAUAGAUCGCAAGGUGUGAUGCGUUUCCGCGACAACGUGGGAGGAACUUGUGGAUGCCGCCGCUGCUGAAUACCGGCUUCAUCCGGAAACAACCUGCCGCAGCAGACUAGAGGAACGGUUGACGACGCAGGAAAAAAAAAAAAAAAAAAUAGCACUUAUUUAUACGUCCCUCACGGUGAAAACGGUACGAUAGCAGUAUCACUGGAAGAAGCCGAGCGUACUGACCUCCCCCCCGACUGAAGCUCCCCGCAAGUGAAGCAUCUCCCCGGGGCAGUCCGGCCAGAGGACCAUGAAGACGAUGGUUCCUGCCGGCGGCUGCACCGGGCCCUGCGUGUACCCAGCCGUGCCCGACGGCGGCUGGGGCUGGGUGGUGGCGGGGGCCUUCUUCGUGGUGGAGGUGUGCACCUACGGCACCAUCAAGAGCCUGGGGGUGUUCCUGGAGGACCUGAUGGAGGAGUUUGGCGAGAGCAACAGCCGCGUGUCCUGGGUCAUCUCCAUCUGCGUCUUCGUCUUCAACUUCUCAGCGCCGCUGGCCUCGGUACUGAGCAACCGCUUUGGCUGCCUGCCCGUGGCGGUGGCGGGCGGCGUCCUGGUCUGCCUGGGCACCAUCAGCUCCGCCUUCACCACCUCCAUCAACCAGAUGUACGUCACCAUCGGAGUGGUCUCGGGCCUGGGCUACUGCCUCUCCUUCCUCCCCACCGUCACCAUGCUGGCGCAGUACUUCUCCCGCCGCCGGACCCUGGUCACCUCCAUGGCGUCCUCGGGGGAGUCCUUCGCCGUGUUCGCCUUCGCUCCAGCGUUCAUGACGCUGAAGAAGCGAAUCGGCUGGCGCUCCUGCCUCAUCAUCAUCGGGCUGAUCCAGACGGCCGUGAUCGGCUGCGGCUUCCUCCUCCGGCCGAUCGUCAUCCGGCCCGCCGAGGAGCCGGCGUCGACGGAGCGGGACGACGACGCGUCCGAGGAAGGCUCCGUCUCCCUUAAGGACGACUUCGAGCUGGAGAACGAGCAGACCAAGGCGUCCAUCGGCUCCGAGGACUCGGGCAUCACCUCCCUCUCCACCUCCUGCAACGAGCUCCCGGCGGCGGCGGCGGCGGCGGCGGCGGCGCCCACCGCGGCGGCCGACCCCCAGGACGAGGCCGACUCCCUGAUGGAGGCGCAGCGGGACGCGGGACCCGCCGCGCCCCGACCCAAGCUGCUGGACUUCUCGGGGCUCCGGGACAGCGUCUUCAUCUGCUACUCCCUGUUCGGCCUCUUCGCCACGCUGGGCUUCUUCGCGCCGCAGCUCUACGUCAUCCGGCUCAGCAAGAGCCGGGGCGUGGCCGACGACAUGGCGUCCUACAUGCUGUGCGCCAUGGCGGUGGCGGAGGUGUGCGGCCGCCUCUCCAUCGGCGUGGUGCUGGGCCGCCGGGCCACGGGGAAGCUGCGCGUGCUGCUGGCGUGCGUGGCGCUCCUCUGCCUGGUGCUGGUGGCCUUCGCCCUGGUGCGGGACUUCUGGGGCCUGCUGUCCUGCUGCGUCCUCUACGGGUUCUUCCUGGGCAUGGUGGCGUCCACGCACAUCCCCAUGCUGGCGGAGCAGGAGGUGGUGGGCGUAGAGCGCAUGGCGUCCUCCGUGGGCCUGUACGUGUGCAUCCAGAGCUUCGCCGGGCUCGCCGGCCCCCCGCUCGGAGGGUGGCUGGUGGACAUCACCGACAACUACGGCUCUGCCUUCUACUCCUGCGCCGUGGGCAUGGGCCUCGGGGCCGUGUGCCUGGCCCUGGUGGGGCCCGCCAAGGCCCGCGCAUCACGCAGGAGGGGCGAGGGGGCCGGUAACCAGGGCGACCAGACCAGGGACCCGCCGGGCCGUCCCGACGACGACCAGGACUUCCUGGAGGUGGACCUGGCCCCCGAGGGUCUGGGCCGGGGGAAGAGCCCCACGGUGGCGUGAGGGGGACCGGACCUCACGACCUCCGGACUCAGAGCCCGCGGUGGAGAGGCGGGACCCCAGGAGCGCUGGCCUGGGGUUCAGACUGCAGAGACAGUACCCAUGUCAGUAGUGGGAUGUUUAAUCACUGAGGAGCUGGAUGUACCCUUCUCCACAUGUCCAGGGGUGUAUAUACAUCCAAAUGUAGACACACGCAAUGUCGGCCCGGUUUGUUUUGUCUUAUGCCAGCGUCAUCUCAAUGGUUUUACUCUCAGGUGCAGCCAUUGCAUAGUUUGCAUGAAGACUCUUUGAAUUGAUUCCUUUUCUGCCAUAAAGGAAACAGAGUCUGUUUAGAGACCAAAGACACAGCCUUGUAAUGUGUUCUUGCAUGGCCCCAAAACACCAGAGCUCUCCUUUUUUAACUUUCACAAACCUUUCUUUCUCUCCAGGCCACUUCAUCCAUGCCACGGCACAAAUCUGCUUCUUGGUAUCAAGUAGCUUCUUAGACAUGGAUAAAGUUGGAUAGAUGUCAUUCAGUUGUGGUUUAAUGCAAGAAAGAAGCAAUGGUUUCACCUAUAGCAUACAGCAACUCUAAAAAGUUACCUUCCUGAAUGUUCAUUGUUUAAAAAUGAUGUUUCAAGUCAUUAUCAAACCAUUUGUUUUUUGGCACACAAGCAUACCAUGUUCUUGGACGGCCCAUAGCUUCGCAACGCUACGCAAGUGGCUCCAACUCACGAGGCUCAGUCAGACAUCUACUUAACUUUAAGUCUGCGUAGCCUUUUAUAUUGGUCUGUGUUCGACGUCAAGCUCAACUGUUUACUUCUGUGAGGAUACUAAUCGUCCCUGGCUACAAUGGGUGAAUACACAUUCUGUAUUAUACAAUAUAUGUAAAUAAAUAGAUGUAUUUUUUUUAAAGCUGAUUUUUUUCUUUUUGUACUGAGAUGUAGAUGUUUCCUAUGUUUUGAUUGAAAUGACAUCACAUGAUUUGUACAUGUUGGCAAAAAGUAUGCCGUGCUCCGUAUUGUUUACGUUUGACUAUACCUUUUAAAGAAGAAGCACUUUUGUUAAGCUAAGAUCAUCUUUGUUCUCUGAUCUGUCAAUGUACUGCUGAAUAAGAUGUGUGUCAGUGCAUCUUGGAAAUACAAAGUCAAACUGUA